AUGGCGCAGUCAGUGUUGGCCGCGCAAUUGAGCAAACUACGAGCUCCACAGACCAGCGUUUAUCGCGAGUCUACGCGGAGAGUCUCCAUCCUAUUCGAUCACAAGCAAGCUGCAUCAAUCGACGGCAAGACCUGUUAUGAAAUCGGAGUGAAUGGCUUCAACCGUCUGGUGGAUGUGGACAGUGGAUUCAAAGCCUUCAGCACUUCGUUGUUCUCUUCCUCCACGCAGGACUUCGUUCGAUCUGUUCAGCGAUCGGACAUAAAUUCGGAAUUGGAUGUUGUUAUCAACGAGUUCUUGCUACGAUUGAGUCCGUACUUGCUGCUCCAGCCUGCCCUUGAAGCCCUCGAAUGGCUAAUCUUCAAGUUUGAAAUCCAUGUGUACAAUGGAGACGCGCUUCUGUCCUGUUUUCUUCCGCACCAUGACACACCGUUGUUUGCCCGUGGAUUGCAAGUUUUACAGCAAGUUUGCUCCGAUCCCAGCCAAGAUUUUCAUUGGUUAAAUAAAUACCGUCAGAGCGGAACGCCUGUUCCGAAAGGAGAUCUCUACCGGAAAUGUGCUCAAAAUCCUGGAAUCAUCGCCUUCAUUGGACGCGCAGUUAUUUCGACCACAAAGAUCUUCCAGAAGAGUACGAAUAACAAACUCAUCGUCGGCUUGUACGUCCAAUGCGUCGCUGGAUCGAUUGAGUCGUGCAAAAGUGUUCCACAUUCGAUGGUAGUCGUUUUGCUGCCAUUUAUUCUGAAAGGAUUGUCCAACGAGAAUGAAGAAUUCAGAAAGGCGGCGCACUUCGUUCUGGCUCAUGUUAUGCUGAAAACAAAGUUGCAGGAAAGCUUCGUUUACGAUGUGUUGAACAGAUACAUAGACCUGAUGGGAAAAGAGGUGACUGUACACGACCUUUCAAUCCUCUACGUCAUAAGCGCCGGUCAAAAUUUGAAGUCGUUCCCUUUGGAAAGCGUGCAAAAAUUGAUGGCGUCCACGAAAAAGGUUUUAUCUUUCGGGGAUGCUUUACAAAAGGCGCAAGAAGAAGAGAAUCUCCCGGUGUUGGCGAUAAUCAAGCCACUUCUGGACACUUUGCUGACAACUGAUGGACGAAGCAUUGUUGUGCGCGUCAAAUCUUUGCUAGGAAUGCUCGAGAGGCUGAGCAACUUCAGUCUCCACGAAGACAGUAGAAGUCUUGAAAGAUUCGUUUCUUUCACCUUGUCGAGACUUGUUUGUGCGUUGGAAAUUGCGCGUGAGAAUGACAUGGAGGAUGAAAUGAAAGUCCAGUUGAAGAAGUUCUGGGCAUUCCUCGAGUCCGCAUUCCCGGAGGAAUUCAAUAACGUACUCAGGAAAAAGAUGUCUCAGGAAAAUUCCGAUAUUGAUGAUUUAUUGAAGUGCGCGGAAGGACUGGAAAUCGAAAAUCUGGGUAGCAUCAGCACUCAGGGAACGUUGUUCUUGCGAAUGAAUCACCCGAGCGUCGCAAUCCGUAAAAAUGCCUACGCUCAGCUUGCGACCGCUAUUAAGCGUUGCGAUGAGGUACCCGAUGAAGAAGAAUUCCCCGAUUUUUUGCUCGACUCGUGUGCAAAGGCAGUGGAAACUGAGCUGGAGCCUUCAACUCUUGAGCCGUUGCUUGAACUUGACCCUGGUUUGGUUGCCAGAUUGAUUCCCGCGGAUUCCUUGUCCACUCUGGUUAAACAAGCGCUUUUCUCCUAUAAGCCGAAAAGUUCGGUUUUUUUCUUGCCGGCGAUGAAAGCGAUGCAUUUCUCGCGAGGCUAUGAAAUGGCGAAGGAUCCGGAAAUGGUCUUGCGACUCUCGGUGUUUUUCUUGCGUUGCGCUGACUUGAAGGUUCUCAAGAAGAUUGCGGAGCUGGAAUUCAUCGCAUCUUCGCCCAUUUUUUCCGCCAUGCCAUCCAGCAACGAUAGUUCCCAGUGGACAAUCGCAAAACGAGUGGCCUACUUGAAAACGGGAUUUUCAUCCUCCGAUGGCAUCUCUGCCCUCCUCGACUGCCUUGAACUAAAAAAGGAUAAUCAAGAGGAUUCUGGAUGCGUUGCAGUAUUGUACCUCAUUGCAGCCGGCAUUUUGAAUAAGAAACUGAUCGGCAAGAACAAUCAUCUGACAAACUCUGUCAUUGUCAAAAUCGCCCAUCAAAUUUUGCUCUUCUUGAUCAGAAGAUCCCGGAAGGGCGUGGAGAUCAGCGAUGAACCGGCAGAAAACGCGUUGCUUGAAGGCACUUGCGAUGCUCUCCCUUGGACUGAGGUUUCCCGUAUGGCCUCGGGCGUCGCGGACGGCUUACGCGCUGUCGCAACGAGCCCUGAAAUCAAAGCUUUGUUGGACAGACCGACUUGGGAUGCUUUUCAAUCAGGCUCUGAUGCUGCGGCUUUGGUGUGUGCCUGGUUGCGGCUGCUGAACUUCGUUUUUCAGAUCAUCUCUGUUUGUUCGAAUGUUCCUGGAAGCUCGGGAGACGGGGAAGACCGUCCUUCUGCUGGGGAAGAACUCGGGGCAGCGUUAUUGAAAACUGUUGGAGCUCGUCCCGUGUGGAAUUUGAAAGCGAUACUCGUUGCCUUGCGUCCUCGGUCAUGGAAUCAGUUCACACCUUCAGUGAAGUUGAAGCUUCGACUUUGCGCAUUGCUUCCUCUGAUGAUGAAGACGUGCCGUUUUUCUGCCGAGGAAGAAGAAACUCGGUCGAAUUUUCUUUGCUGUAUGGCCGUUUCUCUUAUUGCUGACCCACGUCGUUCGCUGCGAAUAGCUGGGAUAGAAUGCGUCGAAGAAAUAUUGCAGAAGCACGCGAAAAAAGGCGGCAAGAAGGGAGUCAAGGACUGUAAAGUGACGGAUCCCGGUUGGGUGUUUUUGCUCAAUGGCGUGCUGCACUUGAAGCACGAAAUCAUUUCCAGCGUCGAAUACGUGCCGCGAAUUUUGCCGCAUGCCAUCAAAACAGCAGAUGCCAAUUUUAUGGGUCGGCGAUCGUUCAAAACAGCUGAUACGUCCUCGGAGAAGCUCAUUGCAUUGAUUUGUCAAGUGGUGCAGCAGCGUGACGCCAGAUUUUACGUGCGAACAGCUGCUGUUCGCUUUCUGGAAGAUUUAACUCCCGUGGUUGCUGCGAAGGGUCUGCUUCCGUUGAUGGACGACAUCUUGAACAACGCGAUUUCGAACGAUCUUGACGUGACAGAGCGUGUGGAGAAGACGAGAGUGAUGCAGAUCUUUUUGGCUGCAGUCUGUGCACCGGGUGUUGCCGCCAAGGAACCAGAGAUUUUGUCGCUGUUCAAGCGAGGCAUUUCGACGAAAGGUGUCAAAUGCCGCAUAAACGCGGGAUCUGCAGUAUCCUCUCAAGACUUAUUUAUGGACGCCAUUUCGAAGGAAUUCUUUUGCGCAUUAUCAUCGCAACAACAAGAAGAAAUACUCGAGGAACUGGUAUCCGCGUGGGACACCAUGUCUGCCCCGAGGACAUGGAAGCGUGGCCGGAAUGCCUUGGAACGCAUUCUGUCCGAUGGAAAGCUCGCUUCCAAAUUCUUGGCCAUGCCUGUUCACGAUGGAUCGAAAAUCAAAUGGGAUCGUGACACGAGCCAACAACAAGAAGAAAUACUCGAGGAACUGGUAUCCGCGUGGGACACCAUGUCUGCCCCGAGGACAUGGAAGCGUGGCCGGAAUGCCUUGGAACGCAUUCUGUCCGAUGGAAAGCUCGCUUCCAAAUUCUUGGCCAUGCCUGUUCACGAUGGAUCGAAAAUCAAAUGGGAUCGUGACACGAGGCGGAGCAAAACUGAGGACCCAUGUUCACAAGAAGAAUGGGUAAAGUUCCAGAAGGUGUUGGAGGCGCUUUCUAGAAUCAAGAGCAGCAAGUUAAGCGAUGCGCAUCUCAUGAUUCCGGUUCUCUUCCAACGCCUGGAAGCAAUUCUGCAUGCGAGUCCGAAAUUUGGUUUGGAGUACACGAAGCAGUUCUGUCUCCGCCUGUUGACCAAGUGCUGCGAAUCCUGCCAAUUGGUCGGCCAAAAGGUGACCAAGGAGGAGUUCCGUGUUCAAGUUCUGGAUCACGUUUUGCACAACGUCAUGUCGAUCUUCACGUUCGUGGGGUGCUCGUAUGUUCUGCAGAAUCAUUCGUUUUCGUUCGACAUCUUGAAACAGACCAUGGCUUCUAUUUUCCCGGCUUUGCUGAAGGGCCACGGAGAAGAAGAAGUGGAUGCGACGUUGGUGAGAAUCGUUCGCGUUUUUGUUGCUGCGCUGAAGGAUAUUCCGCCGCACUGGAGAAUCCCUCUGUUCCAUCACAUGUUGGAGCAUGUUCGACAGGAAAAUUACUUGUGGAUCGUGUUGGGCAUUUUCCUUCAAGUCGGGAAGUGCUCUUACUGGGGGCUUCUCCUUGAGUCAAAACUCCUAAGGCUAUUAGCGGCUUUUCAUUCUGAUUGUAGCAAAAGCACCCAUUUUUUGUAA